UCUCUUGUUUACAUCGCCUUAGAAGCUGUCAAAACUCCUUUAUAUUAUACAAUGAUAAUCGAAUGUCAAUGAAAUAGACAUUUGAAGACGGUUCUGCACGUGUCCAGGUCUGUGUUCGUUGACUAAGACGUUCACUAAAUUUUGCACAAAAACAAAUAUGUCAACUGCUUCAGAAGAUAUUUAUUUACAAGCAGCCAAAUAUUUGGUACCAAGUUUGAAUGUAAAUAAGCAUAAAGGACAAAAUGGAAGGAUUGGAAUCAUUGGAGGUUCUGUAGAGUAUACUGGUGCUCCGUUCUAUGCAGGAAUGAGUGCACUAAGAACGGGGGCUGAUUUGGCAUAUGUAUUUUGCUGCAGAGAAGCAGCUACCGCUAUCAAGUCUUAUAGCCCAGAAUUGAUUGUUCAACCUUAUUUGGACCUUGAGUGUGCUUUCGAAUUGAUUGAACCAUGGUUGGAUCGCUUGCAUGUGAUUCUGAUUGGUCCUGGUUUAGGCAGAGAUUCACAUAUUUUAAAUGGGCCUGUAACUUCAAUAAUAAACUAUUGUAAAAUUAACUCAAAACCUUUGAUCAUAGAUGCUGAUGGCUUAUAUUUAGUUAGUGAAAAUCCAGAAUUACUAUCAAAUUGCUCAAAAGUUUUUCUUACUCCAAAUGUUAUGGAAUUCAGUAGAUUAGUUAAAAAAUUCUUAAACAAAACUAUUGAUCCAAGUGCAGAUAUUAAAGAUGAGCAAGUCAAGGAACUUGCUGAUAAAAUUGGUCCAAAUGCUAUAGUACUUCUCAAGGGAAAAUCUGAUAUUAUCUCUUCAAAUGCAGUAAGCAUUCGUUGCUCCGUGUCAGGGUCAGGUCGACGUUGUGGUGGACAAGGUGAUUUGCUAUCUGGAUCUUUAUCGGUAUUAACUUGGUGGGCUCAGCAGAACAAUGCCUCCUUGUCAAAGUUUUUAGAGGAAAAUAGUCUGACAACAUUAAAUGCAGAUAUGCUUGCUUGCUAUGCAGCAUCAAGACUUAUUCGUGAAACGAAUGCUUUUACUUUUACAGAGAAUCACCGUGGAAUGCUGGCAAGCGAUAUGCUCAAUUGUUUAUCAAAUAACUUUUAUAAAAUUUUAGAAAUAGAUUAAG